GCGAAACAGCUGAUUAGUGGCAAAACAAAUCAGAUAUAAAUAACAAUUUGUCUACGAUACAAGCUGUUAAAAAUCUAUGGAUCUUGAAAAGAAUGAAAUGAACCAUGACGAAGAUGUUAAAAAGAGAGGAGCGUCAGAUUCUCCUUCACCAGUCUUUUCUCCAACAAGAAUCAAAUUUCCCAAGCACAUCCACACACAAGUGGAUGACAAGCUGCAAGAGUUAGCGGACACGAUCUACAACCGAAGUCACUGUGGAUCGAACCGGUCUCUUCAGCGAGAUGGCUCUGCACCCUACGAGGUGCCGGAGUACCCCAUCGAAGAGAAGGAAACACGAAACUACUUCGAACGACAGUACAGUCACAAACCCCAAGAUCUUUGCCUCAAUUUCAAUGUUAAAGACACGUUGAUGUCGCCUGUCGAGCGAGAGCGACUCGUGUCCGACAGUGUAAUUCCUGAUGAUGUGGAGAAGCUGUUGGAAGAACAGUUGGACCUCAUUCCUUCCUUUCAACGAGUGUCCGUCAGUGGAGAAGACACCAGUGGGGUUCCUCUAAAAGACUUGGAAGAAGCCUCUAAAAGUCUGGUCAAGGCGCUAAUGAUUCGGGAGAAAUACAUGGCUCUGUCGCACCAGGCCUUUCCUCGGAUUACCGCCCGAUUUCUCCAGACCGUUGGGGAACGGGAAGACUUUCAUGCGAUCGUAGACCAGAAUUCAGAUAAAGGCAGAAAGAGCAUUGCAGAUCGGAUGUCCAUCCAAGAUCACCCGAUCCACCCACCGCGGCGGUCGGGCGACCCGUUCAAGGUGGAGAUGCCUGAGAAUGUGAACUGCUGCUUCAAGAUGAUCCAGGGCGUGAUGUAUGUCUACCGCAACAUGGAGGACAUGGCCCAGUCCCAGCCCAUCGAGUGGCCCUACCCCGACGCGUGCACCUACCUGGACGACCAGAACCUCAUGUAUGCCUUCAUCAGCGACGGGCCUCUGAAAUCAUUUUGCUUCCGACGUUUGUCGUUCCUCUCCUCGAAGUUCCAGCUGCACGUUCUACUGAACGAGUUGAAGGAAUCUGCUUCUCAGAAGGAAGUGCCACAUCGAGACUUCUACAACAUCAGAAAGGUCGACACACACGUCCAUGCCUCUUCAUGUAUGAACCAGAAACACCUUCUGCGGUUCAUCAAGAAAAUGAUGAGGACUAAAGGUGAUGAGAUCGUGUCCAGGACGACUGAUGGGAAAGAAAUGUCACUGGAAGAGGUGUUUAAAAGUUUGAACCUCACCACCUUUGACCUGAGUGUUGACAUGUUGGAUGUUCAUGCAGAUCGCAAUACAUUCCACCGGUUUGACAAGUUCAACGCCAAGUACAAUCCUGUGGGGCAGAGUCGACUGAGGGAAAUCUUCAUUAAAACAGACAACCAUAUUCAAGGAAAAUACUUCGCACAUGUUCUGAAGGAGGUGAUGAGUGACCUGGAGGAGAGCAAGUACCAGAAUGCUGAGUAUCGCCUCUCCAUCUAUGGCCGCAACAUCAACGAGUGGGACAAGCUGGCCAAGUGGGCCGUCACUCACAAAGUGUACUCUGACAAUGUGCGCUGGGUCAUCCAGAUCCCCAGACUAUAUGACGUGUACCACACCAACAAGCAAGUGAAGAACUUUCAGCAGAUUCUGGAGAAUGUCUUCAUUCCUCUGUUCGAGGUCACCAACGAUCCAAGGAGUCACCCUGAGCUCCAUGCUUUCCUGCAGUAUGUGACUGCAUUUGAUUCAGUGGAUGACGAAUCAAAGUCGGAACACAUCAUGUUUGACCGCGAAUCUCCGGCUCCGAACGAGUGGACGGGCGAAGAGAAUCCUCCGUACAGCUAUUACCUGUACUACAUGUACGCUAACCUCACAGUGCUGAACCAGUUCAGAAGAGAGCGUGGUUUCGAGCCAUUCGUAUUCCGACCUCAUUGUGGGGAGGCCGGCAAUGUGACACACCUGCUGGCAGGUUUCAUGUUUGCAGAGAGCAUAUCACAUGGGCUUGUCCUCAGAAAGGUGCCCGUCUUGCAGUACCUGUACUACCUGGCACAGAUUGGCAUCGCCAUGUCUCCACUGAGCAACAACUCGCUGUUCCUCAACUACCACCGAAACCCGCUUCCCGACUACUUCGCCCGCGGUCUCAAUGUCUCCGUCUCCACAGAUGACCCGCUACAGUUUCAUUUCACAAAGGAACCACUGAUGGAAGAAUACAGCAUUGCUGCCCAGGUGUGGAAAUUCAGCACAUGCGACAUGUGUGAAAUAGCACAUAACAGUGUGCUACAGAGUGGCUUCCCACACCAGAUGAAGCAGCACUGGCUUGGGCCCAACUGGACGAAGGAGGGCGUGGCCGGCAACGACGUGUCUCGUACGAACAUCCCGGACAUCCGAGUGGCAUACCGCUACGACACGCUCAUUGAGGAACUGCGGUGUAUCUGUCGCGGCUCACUGUCGUAUGACCGCAACGAACAACGCAGGCCAUCCAAGUAGGCUGCAUGAGCCACUGUCUCCAGUUAGUCACUUUUGUACCAAAACCGGUGCAUUCAGUGUUUGUGGACGGUGUGUCUUCCCAUCCUAGCUACAGCACGUGAUAUGCAGUUCAGAAUACAUACCAAAGAGGGCAGUCAUGAACCUGAACACAUUACUAACAUCUAUAUAUAGGGCUGCACAGACUGCGUGAAUGAUCAUUUUGAUUGUGUGCUGCAUGAUGGCGCGGAACAGUUGUUUGCUUGUAGUCCUACCCACAGGGAUCACUUUUUUUUCAUACAGUGGAAUUUACUACAAGUUAUUUAUUUUUGAGUCUAUUGUUUUCUAAAUUGUACACAAAAAUAGUAUUUUGUUUUUGUUAUUUCCAAAACUCUUUUAUUUUUUUUCUCACGUCAAACCAAACUGAAAUUAUUUACAUUAACCAUUUUUGUAGAAGGAUGUGAUGGAUUUUAGGUAACCUAUUUGUCAUUUGCACAAAAUUUGCACAUUGUUAAUUGAUAUUUUGCAGAGGGAAAAACAAAUUAAUGAAUAUAAAUAAUUUUAUGCAUUAAAUUAUUUAAAAAAAUUAAAUAAUGAUUUUAUUUCAUUAUAAAUCAAUAAAUUAUGUAAUGUUUGAUAUUAUUUUGAAAAUGUGUUUUGCAAAGAAAAAAGGUUAUCCAAAAAGUAAUUCAAGUAACCCAAAUUUCCAAUCUGUGCAGCCCUGCAGUUAAGAUCUAAAUUGAGUUUUAAGAAAAAUUAAUUCACACUGAUAAUUUUUCACUAAAUAUACAAUUAAAGCUGUUGAACAAAUUCUGUUAUUUUUAAAUACAUUUAGUGAAGAAUUUAUAUGUAUAAUUGCAACGAAUAUUCACAAAACUAAUAAUACAAAUCUAAUGAUUAUUAUACAACAUUCUAUUCAACCACUCUACUACAAUCCCUCACCCUUGAUGUAACUUUUUUUUUUAAUGUGGGUGGGGAUAAGCUGCUAGUUUUAGCUGCACAAAGAUUGUCAUCCAGUCAUUAGUAAGACACUGAAUAUGCUUCAAGUACAGUAGUAGCUGAUUGGUCAGAGUGGGGUGGAGUGGGGUGGAGUGGGGUGGAGUGGGGGGGUACAGUUUAGUAUGCUAGCUUUCUAACCAUGUGUGUCUUUAUAAAGUUUAAUGUGGCUUAAUUGAGACAAUAUGUCAGUAUCCUUGUUUGCAGCACAGUUGUAUUGAUUCUUUACGCUUUUUUUUUUAAUUGUACAAAGUAUAUGGCAACUGAUAUAAAUGUAAAAUGUGCCUAAUAAUAUAAUACUUACAUUUUAGUAACUGGAUUAGAACGUGUGGCUCUUAGUGUGUUUGUGUGUGUUCAGCAAACUACUUUAUAAACUAUUUAUUGUUUAAUUAUAACCGGGCUAUUAAUAUAUAGAUAUACAUAUAAUACAUAUAUAUAUAUAUAUAUAUAUAUAUAUAUAUAUAUAUAUAUGGAACACAUUUGAAAAUUAUUUUAUUCACUUUUAUUAUAAUGGGUAUAAGAUAAUUCCCAAAUGAGUUCCAUAAAUUGUGUGUGGCAUUUACGGAAAUGUGAUUAUUAAUAUCCAUCCAUGAACUGUGAUUUAUUGUAAAUGUUAGGUAUGAUUAUAAUCUGUUAACAAUCGUUGUUAAUAACAUUGAAUAAAGUCAGUUACAAAGAUGCAGAAUAAUGUCAGUUUCACAAACAAACUGCUGCAGGCUUGCAGCUGUUACAUGUGUUUACAGACUAGUGAUGUCAGAAGUGUGCCACAACUAUAUUUAGUGGAUUGUUAAGGACCAUACCAUAAAAAUAGCAUGGAGAAACAAUAUUUAUAUAACUGUUUAUUGUGAACCAUAUAUAUGUAGAUACAUGUAAUAUAUAUAUUGCAUUGACAAACAUAUUAUUAUGAAGUGGUAAGUUAUUACAUUACCUCCGUAUUAUUGCACUGGUGUAAUAAUCAUACGAGGUUAUUGUCACAUGAUCAUUGUAUAAUUAACCGUUGUGAUUAAGUCUGGUUGUUUGCAAGUUCAUAUCCCAAAUUUUAACCUGGAUGCAUGUACAGGCGCAGAUCCAGUUGGGGCACCGACGUAAAAUAAAAAUAAAAAUUUAAAAAGCCCAUUGAAACCCCUGGCACUUCCCCCAUUUGAUAAACCCCUGGAUCCAAGUGAUGUUUUUUUUUUUCUGAAAAGGAAAGAACCAUUUUUCCACUUUUCUGAGACAUUUUCUCAAGGAAAUUUGGUCAACAACAAUUUCUGUACCAUCACUGUUUUUCUUUAUACCCAAUAAAUAUAGCAUAUCUUAAUUACCAUACUUUCACUUCAUAUCCAUAUUUUGUAACUGGUGCAGUUUUUUAAAUUACAAUUUUUUUUUUUAAAUUACCCCAGCAACCUUCGAACUAAUUUUUUUAAAAAUCAUAGAGUAGAAGUUUAUUUUGUUUAAUGACACC